GCGCAUGCGCGGGGCAGGCGGCGAUGGCGGCGCGGGGCUGAUGGCGGCGGAGGCGGCGCUGCGCUGAGGGAGCGGUCCCGCCCGGCCCGCCAUGGGCAACGAGGCCAGCAUGGAGGGCGGCGGCGGCGACGGGGACGGGCAGCUGCCGCCCGCCGCCGCCGCCGCCACCGGGGCCCCGCCGCCGCCUGCCGCCGCCGCCGCCGCCAGGACGCCUUCAGCACCGGGCGGCGGCGGACAGCUCCCGGGCAGCGCGCCCGCAAUCGGGCCCAGCAUGCCAAGGAGACCAGAGCAGCUAGAUCAGGCUGCAGGCCAGCGGUCAGCAUCCCCCUCCAUUGUACAGACUGCACCUAGUUCCCAGAGCCCCCAGGAGAUGAGGGGCCAGGGCCAGUCUGGACUGCCAGCAGAGGGACAGCGGAGAAUGCUGCAGGUGGACACCAGGAGCCAGGGGUCAGGGAGGUCUCCCUCAGCAUCACCGGAUCGUGGCAGCACCCCUACCUCUCCAUACUCACUCCCGCAGAUCGCCCCGCUCCCCAGCAGCACGCUCUGCCCCAUAUGCAAGACAACGGAACUCACCUCCUCUCCUGGCCAGCCGAACUUCAACACCUGCACCCAGUGUCACAGCAAAGUCUGCAACCAGUGUGGCUUCAACCCCAACCCACACCUCACCCAGGUGAAGGAAUGGUUGUGCUUGAACUGCCAGAUGCAGCGGGCGCUGGGGAUGGACAUGACCACCGCUCCUCGCUCCAAAAGCCAGCAGCAGCUGCACACUCCUUCGCCAUCCCUCUCCCACUCUCCGGCCAAGCACCCACCACCCCCAGGUGUGGAUAAGUCCCUGCUGGCUGCCCGUGCCCUGCUGCCUGAGCCACCCAAACCUCACCCCAUGAUGCCGCAGAGGGAACCACAUGGCCAAGGCCAGCCAAAAUCUCAGGAGGCAGCCAGGUCCUCCCCGCAGCAUCAGCAAGCUAAGCCUUCCUCCUCUGAGCAGAGAAAGACAACAGGAGAUGGAGGGGCAAAGCCUGCUGCCCCAACCCCUGGGGCUGGACCACAAGAGCAGCCCCAGGAGGGCCUCACAGGGAAGCUCUUUGGCUUUGGGGCAUCCCUUCUGACCCAGGCAAGCACACUCAUGUCUGUCCAGCCAGAGGCCCCCCCUCCAAGCCAGCCAUCUCCUGGCAAAGUGCCUCCAAAAAUCGUCUUCAGUGAUGCCAGCAAAGAAGCUGGUCCCAAGGCCCCAGGGGCACAGUGCCAGGCUGGUGCUGCACUGGCCACAAAGCUGGGCAAGCCGGAGCAGGGUGUCAAGCCAAAGGAAGUGCCGAAAGCAAGAGUCUCAUGCCCCCUCUGCAAGGCGGAGAUCAAUGUGGGCUCUGGCGAGCCCCCCAACUACAACACCUGCACAACCUGCCGGCAGCAGGUCUGCAACAUGUGUGGCUUCAACCCCACCCCUCACCUGAUAGAGAAGAACGAAUGGUUGUGCUUGAACUGCCAAACUCAGCGGCUGCUCGAAGGCAGCCUUGGCGACCCUGCCCCGAUGCCACUGCCUGCCCCAAAGCAACCACCCACUGGCUCCCCACGGCACCAGCCGCCAGCUGUCAGCCAGCAGCAGAAAGCACCGGCACCAGUGCCUGCCAAGCCGGCGGCAGCUCCCGAGCGGCAGCCCUCGCCUGCAAGGAGCCUCCAGGCUGCUGAGCAGAGCAGGACCCCGAGCCCUGUCCUGGCAGAGAAGAAGCCCCUAGUUCCAGCAGAGGAAAAACCACUACCCAAAGCUGCCCUGGAGCCUUCCAGAGAUCCUGAGAGCACUGUGCUGAAGGGGAAGAGUGUGACCCCCAAACCAGAGAUGGAGAGCAAGGAGAGCCGAGCACCCCCCACAGUACCACGGGUGAAGGAGCAGGAGGACGGGAGCAAGCCUUACCCCCCAGACCUGUCCCGCAGCCCCCAGAGCCUGAGCGACACCGGCUACUCCUCCGAUGGUAUCUCCAGCUCACAGAGCGAGAUCACCGGCCUGGUGCAGCAGGAGGAGGAGAAGCUGAGCGGCACCGGGCUGGCUGGGCAGAGCCCCCCCAGCCCUUCCGAGCUCACCAAGCUGGAGAGCAGCAUGCGGCCCCUCCUGGAAGGCCGGGGUGCCCCGCCAGACCCUGCUGAAUGCAGCAAGGAGCUGCAAGAGGAGCAGCGGCAGCGGCCACGGUACCUCUCCAUCACCCCAGAAGCCUUUGACUCAGAUGAGGAGCUGGAGGACAUCUUAGAGGAGGAUGAGGACUCGCUGGAGUGGGAGAACCAGCGGGAGCGGCGGGAGAGUGCAGAGUCCUCGGACGAGUUCGGCAGCAAGCUGCGGCACGACUAUGUGGAAGACAGCAGUGAGGGGUGUUUCUCCCCAGUGCCUCCCCAGCCCAAGGGCCUGGAGGCAGAGGUGAGUGAUGAGGAGUUCAUGCGGAGGCAGAUCCUAGAGAUGAGUGCAGAGGAGGACAACCUCGAGGAAGAGGAGGAGGAGGAGGGCUACAGGCAUGCCAAGUACAGUGUCCACAAGGCUGGGCUAAAGGACGAGGCAGAGAAGGGCAAAGAGCCAGCAUCGGCCAAGCGGCGCCUGCCACAUGGCUCCAGCAGCCUGUACAAGGAAGAGAGGAAGGAGCUAGAGGUAGCAGAGGGCAAUGACUUGAGCACGGCUCAGGGUGGGCUGCGGCGCUUCAAGACCAUUGAGCUGAACAGCACAACUGGCUAUGACCGGGAGGUGGAGAUGGGCCAGGAGACGGAUGCCAGCCUGGACCGGGAGCCUGAGCUGGAGAUGGAGAGCCUGACAGGCUCCCCUGAGGAACGCUCCCGGGGCGAGUACUCCUCCACCCUGCCAGCCACGACACCCACCUACACCUCAGGCACAUCGCCCACCUCCAUCUCCUCCCUGGAGGAGGACAGUGACAGCAGCCCCAGCCGCCGGCAGCGGCUGGAGGAGGUGAAGCAGCAGAGGAAGGCUCGCCACCGCUCACAUGGCCCCUUGCUACCCACUAUCGAGGACUCAUCUGAGGAGGAGGAGCUGCGGGAAGAAGAGGAGCUGCUGCGGGAGCAGGAGAAGAUGCGGGAGGUGGAGCAGCAGCGCAUCCGGAGCACAGCACGUAAGACCAAGCGUGACAAGGAGGAGCUGAGGGCCCAGCGGAGGAGAGAGCGCUCCAAAACCCCUCCCAGCAACCUCUCCCCCAUCGAGGAUGCCUCCCCCACUGAGGAGCUGCGUCAGGCGGCAGAGAUGGAGGAGCUGCACCGCUCCUCCUGCUCUGAGUAUUCACCCUCCGUUGACUCAGAGGCUGAGAGUUUCGAUGCCAUGGCCUCCAAACUGUACAAAUCAGGCAGUGAGUACAACCUGCCCACCUUCAUGUCACUGUACUCCCCGACGGAGAAGGGGGAGAGUGGCCCCAGCCAGCCCACCAGCAAGCCUCUCAAGAGUGCCGAGGAAGCCUAUGAGGAGAUGAUGAGGAAGGCAGAGAUGAUGCAGAAGCAGCAGGUCCAGCAGGCCCAGCCAGCUAUUUCCUACAGCAGUGCCUACCAGCAGGGUGGCUACUGUGGCACUGAGAGCCAGAAUGGCUUCGAGUACCAGUACACCGAGGAGUACCGGUAUGAUGGUGGCCCUGCACACCCAGCCCAGCCCAGCUAUCCGAGUGCCCUGCCAAAGGCGGGAGCAGUGUACGAGGAUAUCCUGCAGACCUCGCAGAGCAUCUCCAGGAUGCACCAGUCCGCCUCCUUUGACCUGGCCCUUGAACAGGGAGAGAAGGCAAAGGGGCAGGAGGAGGCUUACCAGGAGAAGCACUUCCUCAAUGCCGAGAGCACCUAUGCUGACCUGAUGAAGCAGAACGGCAGUCCGCUCACCCCGGGCACCAGCCCCACGCAGCUCUCUGCUCCCGUCUCCUUUGCUGCCUCUGAUGGCAGUACAGGAAAGGCCAUUCCCGAUGUCCGGGUCACCCAGCAUUUUGCAAAAGAGGGGCAAGACCUGGCCAAGCUCCAGAGCACCCCAGCAGAGCCCAGCCCAGCAUCCAAGACUACUGCCACUCCUUAUGCCUACGGCAAAGGCACCAGCACAGUGACGAUGAUGGCAGUGGUGAGUGGCCCCAGGAGUGCGCCAUGGAGCUAUAGCUCCUCAGCUCCGGAGGCCCCAUCAGUAGCCUUCAGAAGCUAUGGUCCAGUGAAGAGCACUGUCAGCUAUGGCUCGCAGACGGAGGACACUGGCAGAAGCAAGGUGGCAGUGGAAAUCAGCAUGCAGAUGGCCAGGGAGAAGCUCCCGGCCAUGAGCGAUAGCAAGCCUCUACUGCCUAAGACUCACCCCUUCUUCAAGAGCUCCAGUCCUCCACUCUCGCCCACCUCCCCCACGCAGAGUCCCACUCAUGCCGCAAAGGCCACGGCAGAGUUUUCCACACAGACACAGAGCCCCCUCCUCCCCUAUGAGGGUCCUGCCGUUGCUGGCCCCACUGCCUCUUCCCCCAUGGUGGCACAGGGGACGCAGACGCCACACCAGGCGGGCUCACCACGUCUGGCCCGGCAGCCCGUCUCACAGGAUGCUCCAUUCAUGCUGAUCACACUGGCAGCUGAUGCGGCCAGCCAAACAAAGUCAGCCAGCUCUGGCUGUUCAACGUCCCCCACCUCAUCCCCCACCAGGCCAAGCCGGGAGCUGCCAGCACACAGCUACAGCCGGGCACCAGAGCCAGAGCAGCCUCCGGGCACAUAUGUCAGGGCACAGCCGGUGAAGGAGCACACCCAGCAGACAUCCACUGUGACUUCAGCCACUGAUGGCAUCACGGGGCUGUAUGGCUGGGGAGCGCUUCCUGCAGAAAACAUCUCCCUCUGCCGCAUCUCCUCCAUUCCCGGCACGUCCCGGGUUGAGCCAGGACCCAAGGCACCGAGCACUAAUGCCGUGGACUUACGGACGGCGCUGAAGUCCACCCCCAUCAUCAUAACAGACCAAGGCAUGGAUCUCACCUCCUUGGCCACUGAGGCCAGGAAGUACUGCCUGACCUUGGACCACAUCCCAAGCCGGCAGUCCACGGCCAUCCAGCCCUUGAUCAUCAACCUCAAUGCCCAGGAGCAGCCCCACACCAUUAUCGCAGCAGCCAGCUCCGCCAGCCUGGCCAUAGCCUCCCCCAUGCUCCUCUCGCAGCCCAAGCAGCCUGUGGUCUAUGGAGACCCUUUCCAGAGCCGGGUGGACUUUGGGCAGGGGACUGGGAGCCCAGUGUGCUUGGCGCAGGUGAAGCAGAUGGAGCAGGGCGUCCAGACAGCAGCUGUCAGAGCUAGCGGGGCGGCCAGCAGCAAGCCCGAGUCUACUGCUGCCCCCCAGACCAAGUUUGCAAGGUAUGGCAUGCCAGGCCAGAUGGUGAAGAAGGACAUGCUCAUCACACAGACCGGCGGGGUGCAGAAUGUUGUCAGCCUCCCGCAGCCCUUCCUGCCAGAGCCAGGCUCGGAGCUGUACCAGGUGGUGCCAGUGGAGCUGAAGAGCCAGAGCCCUCUCCUCGCCCUGGGCAGCAAAAAGCCCCAGGUGAUGAUGGUGCAGAUGGAGGAGGCAGCAGCUGGCCCAGUGACUAAAGUGCUGAAGGAGGAGCCACCGGCCAACGUGCUGGACCUCACAGGUGUGAAGCCGGAGAGCCAGGUGGCCUGCUGCAACAUGGUCUACAAGUUCCCCUUUGGUGGUAGCUGCACCGGUGCUUUCAACCCCACCUCCAAGAUGCCAGAGAAGAAAGCGGGGGAGGUGGCAGCACCCGGACAGAAAGCCAGCGGGCCCCUCUAUGGCAGCAGAGAGCCAGAGCUGCCAGAGACCUUCCCCUACCGGGAGCAGCCAGCACCAGCACCCUCACUUUAUGAGGAGCAGAAGUUUUACCCCGCCAGCGCCUUCGGCCGGCUCUACUCCUCCAUGUCAGACACAAACCUCUCUGAAAUUGGGAUGAGCUACUACCCCACGAAGGGGGACCAGCCCUUCCCUUCCCCAGCAAGUGAUGCUGCUGUGGACCUCAGCACCAUGAAGCACUCCUACAGUGUGGGCUUCGCUGAGGGGGGUUACCUGGGCCAGGGGCUGCAGUAUGGUUCCUUCUCCGAUCUCCGCCAGCCAGCGGAGAUGCUGGGCCACCCGCUCCCCAUGCGGAGGUACAGCUCGGCCUCCAACAUCUAUUCUGACUACCACUUCUCAACCCGGGGGGACCUGGCCAGCUUCCAACAGUCCAGCCUGGCCCACUACAGUGCCACCACAGCGCGCGAGAUCAGCCGCAUGUGUGCCGCCCUUAACUCCAUGGACCAGUAUGGAGGCCGGCACACCAACGGCCCUGACUUGCUGCCCUAUGGCCCUGGCUCCGGGCUGGGGGGCACGGGGGGGCUGGCAGCUCAGCAGCAGGGCCCUGUGCCCCCCAAACCUGGCAGGAUAUACAACCCCACCUUCCCCGAGGCACGUCAGGGCUUCAGCAGCCUGGCACAGUACAAUGUCCCCAGCAUCCGCUUGGGAUCCAUCCGGCAGAUGCUCCCUUCCACCGCCACUGUGCGGGCCGCUGACGGCAUGAUCUACUCCACCAUCAACACGCCCAUCGCCUCCACGCUGCCCAUAACCACUCAGCCAGCGUCGGUGCUGCGGCCCAUGCUGCGCGGGCUGUACAGACCCUAUGGCCCAGGCGGUGUGGCAGCGGUCCCGCUGGCCAGCCUGCCCAGGCUGCCAGUCGUCACACCCCGUGUCCCACUGGCAACACAAGGCCUCUACCGCUACUCAGCCCCUGGUCGGCCGGCCCCAGCGGCCUCACUGAUGGAGACGCCUGUCUACCUGGGCAAGCCUGUCAGCACAGCGCCUCCAGCGGCAGGUGCUGGUCCUACACCCAAAGCCCCCACUGCCCCCACCAGUGGCUUGCAGAAAGCAGAGCCGGUGGGGUCUGUGCCCCGUGCUGAGGGGCCAGCAGCACCAGCAGCCAGCAAGGAGGGUGGGCAGGCAGCUGCGGUGCCCAAGCCACUGCUGGAUGGGGCUCAGCGGGAGGAGCGGGAGGAGGAACGGCAGCGCAAGCAGCAGGAGCACGUGCUGCAGCUAGAGCGGGAGCGUGUGGAGCUGGAGAAGCUGCGGCAGCUGCGGCUGCAAGAGGAGCUGGAACGGGAGCGUGCAGAGCUGCAGCGGCACCGGGAGAAGGAGCAGCUGCUGGUGCAACGGGAGCUGCAGGAGCUGCAGUGCAUCAAGCAGCAGGUGCUUCAGCAACAGCAGGAGGAGCGGCACGUGCAGCUGGCACUGCAGCGGGAGCAGCUUGCCCAGCAGCGCCUCCAGCUCGAACACAUCCACCAGCUCCAGCAUCAGCUGCAGCAGCAACUGGAGGAGCAGAAGCGGCAGAAGAGCGCCUUCCCCAUGCCUGCUGAACCAGCUGCCCGCCCUCCUGAGGGUCCCGCCGAGGCACCACGGGGCCUGCCACACAAUGGGCAGGUGUGGCCCCUGCCAGGUGAGGCACUGCCAGAGGGGCCCACUGGCCCCCGCUAUCCCAUGCCUCAGCGGCCACUCAGCAGCUCGGCCUCAGACAUGUCACUGCAAGCCGAGGAGCCUUGGGAGCCUGGCCGGGGCAUCAAGAAGAGGAACUCGAUGCCGCGGCUGCGGGAUGCUUACGAGAAGGAGGCAGCACGGGAGGCCUUCACAGCAAGGAAGACAGCAGACAGCAGCGUGCAGACGGAUGAGGAGGAUGGCGAUGAGCGGUACCUGCUGUCACGGCGGCGGCGGCCGCGGCGCAGCACCGACUGCAGUGUGCAGACAGAUGAAGAGGACAGUGGGGAGUGGGAGCAGCCUGUGCGCCGCCGCCGCUCCCGGCCCUCACGGCAUGCUGAGGCUGGCACUGAGGGCAAGCUGGAGGGGCCAGCCCGCAGUAUGGCCAGUGUGGGCAUCCAGACAAUCAGUGACUGCUCAGUGCAGACGGAGCCUGACCAGCUCCUCCGCGUCUCCCCCUCCAUCCACAUCACCACCCAUGACCCCCGAGUGGAGAUCGUCAAGUACAUCUCGGCCCCAGAAAAGACACAGCGGGGCGAGAGCCUGGCCUGUCAGACAGAGCCAGAGCCUGUCCCCCAGCCUGGUGUCGUGGUCCCCCAGCUGACAGUGCCCACCACCAUCCCGCCCUACUCCACCAACAUCCAGAUUGUGAGCACAAGCCCCCUGGACCCCCACACCGUCCGGCAGCAGACCCUGGGCAAGUUCGAAAAGAAGAAGCCAGAUCCCCUGGAAAUCGGCUACCAGUCCCAUCUGCCAGCUGAGUCCCUCUCCCAGCUGGUGACCCGCCAGCCACCCCGGUCUCCCCAGGUCCUCUACUCACCUGUCUCCCCCCUCUCCCCACACCGCCUCCUGGAGUCCUCCUUCGCCACCAGUGAGCGGCUGAACAAGGCUCACGUCCCCCCACAGAAGCACUUCACCACCGACUCGGCUCAGCGCCAGCAGACACUACCGCGCCCUAUCAAGACCAUGCAGCGUUCCCUCUCUGACCCAAAGCCCAUCAGCCCCACCGCUGAGGAAGCCAGCAAGGAGAGGUUCUCCCUCUACCAGCACCCGUUGCUCCCCAGCACCCAGGUGGGGGGGUUGCAGUCAAGUCCACUGGCACGCAAGGUGAAGCGGACGCUGCCCAGCCCACCGCCCGAGGAGCCCCACGUCCCCCUGGCCAGCCCAGCUGCCUCCCAGAUCUACUUGAGCAGCCUGGCCCCCAAGGCCACUGCACCAGUCACCAAGGCCAGCCUGCUGAAGGAACUGGACCGUGACCUGAAGCUGGUGGAGCAUGAGGCCACCAAGCUGCGUAAGAAGCAGGCGGAGCUGGAUGAGGAGGAGAAGGAGAUUGACGCCAAGCUGAAGUACCUGGAGCUGGGCAUCACCCAGCGCAAGGAGUCACUACUGAAGGACCGUGGGAGGGACCAUCCCUACUUGCGCUGCCCUGGGGACCGCCGUGACUACCUGUCUGACAGUGAGCUGCACAGCCUGCGCCUUGCUGCCUAUGAUGGCACCAGCCUGCGCCCCACACCCACCGGGCAGUACCCUGAUUUUGCCACUGCCACUGCCUCCUAUGGCACCUACCCAUACUCUGCCCCACAGGGCCCCACUGCCUUCCCACCAACGCACCUGCAGCCCCCCCGGUACCCUGCAGCCAGCACCUCACAGGACAGCUUGCCAGUGGCCCCACUUCCUGCCUUCGCCUCGCCUGGCGCCUUCCCGGCCCCCAGCACCACAUACCCAGAGCUGGGUGCCUCAGGCCAGACAGGCUUCCGGCCCCAAAACCCCUACCAAGCCCCAAGCGCCUUCGCUGGGGUGGCCACUGUGCCGGCAGCACAGCCCGCCCUCUUCCAGAGCCCAGUUGAGAUGGCCAGUGGGCACCAGAAGCUGCGGCAGACCUCACUGGCUGACCUGGAGCAGAAGAUCCCCACCAACUACGAGGUCAUUGGUGCAGCUACCAGCUCCUCUGCCAUCCCUGAUGUCACCUUCAGCACCGCGACAGUGAGCAGUAGUUAUGAGCAGUACAAGGUGCCUGAGGCCCAGCCAGCUGAGAGAGCCAGCACAGUGCAGGGCCCCUCUGCCAGCUUCCCCUCUGAGUCCCUCUACACCAGCCUAGAGCAGAACAUCCCCCGUAACUAUGUGAUGAUUGAGGACAUCAGCGAGCUCACCAAGGAGAGUCCAGCAGUGGAGGGGCAGAAAGCAGAGCCGGCAGGCACGGCUGCCGACAGCCGCCACAGCAGAGAGAAGAGUGAGCUGGGGGACGCCGAGGGCUCUGGCCGGCCCUGCUGCUACACCAAAGCUGAGGACGAGUCUGAGGAGGAUGUCUAUGACCACCAUGGCCCUGACCAUCAAGGGAAGAACAGCUACCACCGGGGCACGGAGAGCAAUGGCAGGGUGUCGGGGAGCUCUGCUGGCUCAUCCUACUACUAUGGGGACAGCGAAUACCGGCACUCCUCACGGGUGGACAAGCAUGGCUCCAGUGCAGCACUGUCAAAGCAUUCAUCCAAGAACCUGGCACCCGCCGUCAUCUCCUCGAAGCGGAGCAAGCACAGGAAGCAGGUCAUGGAGCAGAAGAUCUCCAAGUUCUCCCCAAUUGAAGAAGCCAAAGAUGUGGAGUCAGACCUAGCUUCCUAUGCGUCGAUAACCUCAGUUGGCAGCAGCAAUGUGGCCUCCAGGGCCAAGAAGCUGCAGGAGGAGAUCACCUACGGCCUGAAGAAGAAUGUCUAUGAGCAACAGAAGUACUAUGGUGUCUCCAGCCGUGAUCUGGUGGAUGAGGAGGAGCGAGUCUACUCUGCCAGCAGCAGAACCCGCCUCUCUGGCUACGGGGUGGAAAAGUCCUCCAGCCGGGAGAUGGUUGGCCGGAGCAAGUCUUACGAGCGGGAGGGUGCAGAGCGCCCCUUGAAAGGCAGCUCCAAGCCCUCAUCCCUCAGCAUGAGCCAGAGCCGUGGGCGGGCACCUAUCCGCACGCAGCACUCAGAAGAGGAGAGCCCCAUCAGCCCCCUGGGGAAGGCAGUGGGGGGGUCACGCACCAUGGCGGGGCCUGGCCCCCAGUCGGCAGGGGAUUCCUGCUCCCAGUUCUGCUCCAGCCACUCGUUGCCUGAUGUGCAAGAGCACAUCAAAGACGUGCCAAGGAGUCACUCAUACAAGCACGAGGAGGGCUACAGCAUGGAUGACACCCAUUGUGUUGUCUCGGACAGUGAAGCCUAUCAUUUGGGUCAGGAGGAGACAGACUGGUUUGAUAAGCCCAGGGAGGCCCGGGCGGAGAGGGUCAGGCACUACGGUGGCCACUCUUCCUCACAGAAGAGACCCCCAGUUAAGCACACCUACCACGACUACGACGAGCCCCUUGAUGAGGACCCAUGGCAGCACAAUGACUACCCCCAGCACCGUGAGCACCGGCACCACGGGGAGUAUGGGCGCCAUGCCAGCACCUCCCGGCACACCAGCGAUGAGCCCCCACGCCGCUCAGCAAAGCAGCACCCGCGGGAGCCUGGCCGCCAUGAGCCCCGUGGCCACGGGCCAAUGGCUGCCCCCAAGAAGGCGCAGCAGCCUGAGCCCCGUGCGCCUGCACCCUUUGGCUCUGGCUCCUCUGAGUAUGCCCUGCCAUCCCGCCCUGCUGCUCACCACCACGGUGCUGAGGCUCCCAAGGCACAGAAGCCCCUGCAGCCACAUGGGCCGGCCACCCCAGUGCCAAAGCCGGAGCCCCUCGCACACCCACAGCAGCCAGUGGCCAGGCAGCAGCAGCCAGGGCAGCAGGCAGCACGGCAGCAGCCAGCGGUGCGGCAGGCUGCCCAGCCAGCAGGCUCAGCACAGCCUGAGGCCAGGGGCAGGACACAGGGACCUCUGUCAUCUCGGCCACCACAGCAGCAGCCAGGGCCAGCCCAGGUGGCAGGGAAAACGCCGACUGCGCUCCACACACAGCCGGGUGGGCACACAGUGCCAGCGCUGAAAGUGGAACAGACAGAUGCAUCCAAACCCACAGCGAAAGUGCCACAGCAGCCAGGGAGAGCACCUGCGGCACAGCCCCUGGGAGCAGCAGACAGCAAGGCCGGUCCGAGGGCAGCUGGGCCGCGUGGUCCCACUGGCACAGCCACAGGGCAGCCUGGGGCAGAAGGAGAGAGUGUUUUCUCCAAAAUCCUGCCAGGGGGGGCAGCAGAACAAGCAGGCAAACUGACUGAAGCGGUAUCAGCUUUUGGCAAGAAGUUCACUUCGUUCUGGUGAGAGAACGGCACAAGGAGUUUGGGAAGUGAGUGGAGAACAAGUCAUUGCAGUGGAAAAACCUAUGAAGAACCCAGCAAAUUCAGCAUGCGGCGCCAGACUCUGAGUAUAACACUUUUGAAAGCAGGGCGAUCCCUGGAUGCUGGACCAAACAGCGGCUGAGCAGGGGCCUGGCAGACGCCCCGGGGUGGGUGACCCCCAUGCCCGGCAAGCAGCUCCGGCGCGGCAUGCGGCGAGCCCCAGCGGCCACCCUGAGAGGAUGGGCCUGAUCCGGACUGUCAGAUCAGGCCCCGUAGGUGGGCUGCAGCCCUUUCUCAAGAUUAUACGCAGAGUUGCUCCCUCCAAACCCCAGCUCUGGCCUCUUCAUAGGUUUUCCCCCCAGGCAAGCCGAGGGCUGGGUGCCAGAGGCGCCACUCCUCCUUCCCAACCCCAUCUGCACCGCCGGGGCCGUCCCCACACCCCCUGCACUGCGGCCUGCUCCUGGCCCCGCCAGAGAGCUCUUGGAGCGUGUCAGCUAGGACCUAACACUGUUUCACUACCAAAAUACGAGGCCAUAGGACUCUUGACAGGUGGCGUGGCUGGCCUUUGCCAAUGCAGCCACCAGCUGAGCGCGUAUCCUGGCACGCAGUGCCACCCCGAAGCCAUUGGAAGCAUUGAAAGGGCCGCGCUCGCCCUCACCACGCAGCCAGCGCGCCCACCGCCGGGUACCCCUUUUCUUUCAAGAACAGCCUUAAUCAUCCCACUUUAAUUUCUGUGUAUACCUCAUCCACACCAGGGAGGGGCAUGGGGUGUCGUCAGCAGGGGGGAUCCUUUUUUCUCAGUUUCUCUGGGUUCAUUUUAUUUUGGUUUGGGUUUUGUUGGUUUUUUUAAAAACUUUAUACCAAAUCCUCUUCCCUCUCUGCUUUGUGCGAUGAGUUAGCACAUGGGCUGUCUUCUGUAGAAGCAAUAGAGUGCAGGAGGCUAAAAAAAGAGCACAAAACCCAUGGAACAAGAUCAGGAGAGCUUUGCCUCCGGCAGUAUCCUUCCUCUUACUGUGCAAUCCAAGUCCUUCUCAAGCCAUUUUGCGGGGACGCAGGGACGGAUGGCACGGCAGCCAGUGGCCAAAGCCCACUUGCCCUGCCAGGAGGGGGUUCCCCAGGGGGAGAGGCAGCCCAAGGAGGGGGCUUGCCAGCGUACAGCCAUGCGCCGCCCACGCCCUGUCACCUCCCCACGCUGGCGGCUCCCCCCCGGUGCCCUCCAUGGCGGGCAGCAGCCGCCCACUCACCUGCCUGAUGUUCUAUGCAACGAAAUAACACGACUCCAGAACAAGACCUGUGAAUAGCUAAGCAGUUCAAUGUCACGCCUAAAGGUUUCAUUGCAGAGCGUGCCCCUGAGUGACCCAGUAACUACUCUUUAUCGACCACCCGUGCGUAUGAAUUUGUGGCAUGUUCAACCCAUGGAGGGCCACUUUGCCAAAGGGCAUCCCUAGCGCCCAUGACCAUCUGUCCCGUCGUAGAGCAUGGCUUGCUACUUCUCUGCACGGUUCCACCCACCUUUCAGUGCUUGCUGUUCUUUGCCUGGACUUUUGUUUUAUUCUUUUCCAUCAGUCCAUCACCGUACUGAAAGCUCUUAGCACAUUUAUGCACUUGUUAUUGAGGACCCGGUCACCACGGGAAGCCCACGCUCUGUGGCAGGUCCCUGGCAGGGGGCUCUGCCUGUGCCCGAGGCUGGGGGAGAGACUGGUGGCUAUGGGAUGGGGGUGAGCACGGCACUUCUGUGGGGCAGCCCCACUGAGGAGAGCCCCGGCCUUGUGCGCACCCACCACCUCUCCCCACUGAUGACAAGUGCGUAGCCUGAGGGUGCUUCCUCUGGGCCCCUGCCACUCAUUGCGCUGUAAAUACUUGUACAGUGUGUAAAAUCGCACGCGGGACUGAGACCCCCGCCGGGGCCCAUCUCGCUGCCCGAGCACAUCUGCCACCUUGCCUCUGCACCUGCCAGGACCAGGGGCAUGUAGCCCACCCCACUGGGCCAGGCCCCCAGCCCUAAUUGUGGCAGUCUGGUGGCUGGGGCAGGGGAAUGGUGGGUGCAAAGACAAAGGGCCGAGCACGGCUGGGUGCCAUUUCCAGCGGUAAGUGCAAUGCCGGGUGCGCUCCCUCUAAACAUUGUGACGGUGUGCGUGUCUGCUGUGCUCUGUGCCACCUGUAGUGACCCUGUACCGUGCUGUACCGUGCCGUACUGCCCCCACUGCUGUGUCGUGACUCCCUCCCAGAAGCUGCCCCCUCACCAGGUGUUUCUGUGGGAACAGAAUAAAAAGGACU